AAGCCCUCAAUUGCCCUCGAGUGUUGUACGCCCGGUCGCUGCAACCCCGCCCCCACUACACCAAACCCCCCGCCUUCACCACAACACCAACCAUGUCUGAGGCUGUCGGAGACUUCGGCCUGAUCGGCUUGGCCGUCAUGGGUCAGAACUUGAUCCUCAACGCGGCUGACCACGGCUUCACUGUCGUCGCUUUCAACCGAACCGUCUCCAAGGUUGACCGUUUCCUCAACGAUGAGGCCAAGGGCAAGUCGAUUGUCGGCGCCCACUCCAUCCAGGAGUUCGUCUCCAAGCUCAAGAAGCCCCGCCGCAUGAUGAUGCUCGUCAUGGCCGGAAAGCCCGUCGAUGACUUCAUCGAGCUGCUCCUCGAGGGUGGUGCCGAGGAGGGCGACAUCAUCAUCGACGGUGGUAACUCGCACUACCCCGACACAAACCGCCGCACCAACUACCUCAAGGCAAAGGGCAUCCGAUUCGUCGGAACCGGUGUCUCUGGAGGAGAGGAGGGCGCCCGCUACGGCCCCAGCAUCAUGCCCGGUGGUAACGAGGAGGCCUGGCCCUACAUCAAGGACGUCCUCCAGUCCAUCUCCGCAAAGUCCGACGGCGAGGCCUGCUGCCAAUGGGUCGGCGACGAGGGUGCCGGUCACUACGUAAAGAUGGUGCACAACGGUAUCGAGUACGGUGACAUGCAGUUGAUCUGCGAGGCCUACGACAUUAUGAAGCGCGGUCUCGGCAUGAAGAACAAGGAGAUUGGUGAUGUGUUCGCCGAGUGGAACAAGGGCGUCCUCGACUCAUUCCUGAUUGAGAUUACUCGCGACAUCAUGUACAAGAACGACGACGAUGGCGUUGCCAUUGUUGAGAAGAUUCUUGACUCUGCUGGCCAGAAGGGUACCGGAAAGUGGACCGCCAUCAACGCUCUCGACCUCGGUAUGCCCGUCACGCUCAUCGGAGAGGCCGUUUUCGCUCGCUGCCUGAGUUCGCUCAAGCAGGAGCGUGGCCGCGCUGCCAGCCUUUUGGACGGCCCCACUCCCAGCUUCUCGGGCGACCGCAAGGCUUUCAUCGACAACCUCGAGCAGGCCCUCUACGCCUCCAAGAUCAUCUCGUACGCCCAGGGUUUCAUGCUGAUCCAGAACGCCGCCAAGGAGUACAAGUGGAAGCUGAACAAGCCCGAAAUCGCCCUCAUGUGGCGUGGUGGCUGCAUUAUCCGAUCCGUCUUCUUGAAGGAGAUCACCAAGGCCUACCGCCAAAACCCCGAGCUCGAGAACUUGCUCUUCGACGACUUCUUCAGCAAGGCUAUCCACAAGGCUCAGUCCGGAUGGAGAGACGUCGUCUCCAAGGGUGCCCUCUGGGGUAUCCCCACUCCCGCUUUCAGCACCGCGCUCAGCUUCUACGACGGAUACCGCACCAAGGACCUCCCUGCCAACCUGCUGCAGGCGCAGCGUGACUACUUUGGUGCCCACACCUUCAGGAUCAAGCCCGAGUUCGCCAACGAGACAUACAAGGAGGGCCAGGACAUUCACGUCAACUGGACCGGAAGGGGUGGAAACAUCUCUGCCUCGACAUACAAUGCUUAAGCGUACAGAUAUCCACGGCUUGUAUUGCAAAAGCACAGCAUUGCCCGGACUUACAUUUGAAAAAGAACAAAUGUGCGGAGCAAGAUAGCUUAAAUCUAGAAUGAAUAAUGAUUCACAUGUCGCGC